AAUGCACAAAUUACAGUCAAAAAGCCUUCAAACCUCCUCUUGUUCAGACAAUCAAUCAACAAAGUCCACAUUCAAAGUCCAACCUUUCCAAAAUCAAUAAAACACACACGCACAUAGUAGAUUAGAGCACCCCAUUAUCACAGAAAUGAGUGAAACAAGUUGAGUUCUUUGAAUAAGCCCAAGAAAAAUCCUCUGUUUCUUGAAUGAAAGAUCCAAUUUCUAUUGAAAAGAGGAAGAUUAUGAGUAGCCCAGAUGCUUUAUUCACAACCAUUUUCAAUUCUAUUCAAGCUUUAGGAAGAGGUUUUGAUGUUACUUCUGAUAUUAGGCUUCUUUAUUGCAAAGGCUCACCUGGGGGCCGUUUGGUUAAAGUUGAUGAUGAGGUGACAAGAGAUCUUGUUGUUUAUGAUGGGCUUGUUGUUCCCAAUGUCCCUGUUGAUAUUGAUUGUUCUCCGGGAGAGAGGCUCCCUGAAAAUACUCCUGUUUUAAGCUUCAAUGAGAUGGCGGUACACUUCAAUCAGAAGUCCAAUCUAUUAGGAAAUGUUCCACUGGGAAGCUUUAAUGCCAUGUUCAAUUUGAGUGGUUCUUGGCAACUUGAUCAAGCAUCAACAAAAUCUCUUGCAGUGGUUGGCUCUGUCAUACCACUAUAUACAGUUGAACUUACCAAUUUGGAUUUAGUUUUGCACGAGGACAUCAAACGCGCGGUUCCAUACUCUUGGGAUCCUGCAUCUCUAGCUAGCUUUAUUGAAAAUUACGGCACACAUAUAGUUACCUCGGCAACAGUUGGUGGGAGAGAUAUAGUUUAUAUCAAGCAGCACCAAUCAUCACCAUUAUCAGCAACAGACAUUGAGGAUUAUGUAAACGACAUUGCAGAUCAGAGGUACUCUGCAUCAAAUUAUACAAGUACUGCCCCCUUAAAAUACAAGGACAAGGAUGUAACAGUUAUUUUUAGAAGACGAGGUGGUGAUGAUCUUGAACAAAAUUACAUAAAAUGGGCAGAGACUGUAGAAGCUGCCCCUGAUGUCAUCAACAUGUCAUUUACCCCAAUUAUCUCAUUGCUCGAGGGGGUGCCUGGGAUAAAGCACUUGGCACGAGCCAUUGAGUUAUACUUAGAGUACAAGCCUCCUAUAGAGGAUUUGCAAUAUUUCUUGGAAUUUCAAAUCUCUAGAGUCUGGGCUCCUGAACAAAGUAACCUUCAUGGAAAGGAUCCUGUGUGUCAAUCCCUUCAUUUCAGUUUGAUGGGACCCAAGCUUUAUAUAAGCCCAAAUCAGGUAACAGUUGGACGAAGGCCUGUGACAGGACUUAGACUUACCCUAGAAGGCAGCAAGCAAAACCGUCUGGCUAUCCAUUUGCAGCAUUUGGUCUCUCUCCCUAAAAUUCUCCAACCCCAUUGGGAUUCACAUAUGGCCAUUGGUGCACCAAAAUGGAAAGGUCCUGAGGAGCAAGACAGUCGUUGGUUUGAACCAAUCAAGUGGAAGAACUUUUCCCAUGUAAGUACUGCACCUAUAGAACACACUGAAACAUACAUAGGAGAUCUCUCGGGCGUGUACAUAGUCACCGGGGCCCAAUUUGGUGUAUGGGAUUUUGGUGCCUCAAAAAGUGUGUUGCACCUCAAACUUCUCUUCUCCAGAGUACCCGGAUGUACAAUACGUCGAUCUGUAUGGGAUCAUAGCCCUAGCACCCUCUCUAAUGUACAGAGGACUAUUGGUGCUUCAUCGUCAUCACUUGUAAGUGAACGAGCUACAGAUGAUAAGAAGGCGGAUGGUUCAAGUCAAGUUGGAAAACUUGGGAAAAUAGUUGACACAACAGAAAUGUCAAAGGGCCCUCAAGAUAUCCCUGGUCACUGGUUAGUUACAGGGGCAAAGCUUGGGGUAGAUAAGGGAAAAAUUGUUUUGCGGAUAAAAUACUCUUUAUUGAAUUACUAAUUAGAUUCUGUGUCAUUUAAUUUUUGGAUUAGAGAGGAUAGCUAAGCAUUCUUUGCACAGGUUAUUUUAUCGAUUGUUUGUUGUAGAAAUUUAAUGGUUAUAAAUAUUUGUACCCUUGUAUUUACAAUAUGUUCCUUUUGGGCACUAUUGAGGUUUAAGAGAAUGUGUAUGUUUUGCUA